AUGUCAAAUUGUAAAAUCAUUUGCGAGAUGCCUAAUAAAGAAAUUAUUCAUAUUGAUUGUGAACUCUAAAAUGUCAAAAAUGAAUUGCUAAAAAAAACAAAUUAAAUACAUUAUGAAAACAUGAUUCUUAUUGAUAUUUCUGAAACAUAAUAUAAAUCAUCAAAUUCUGAAACUUAAAAUAAUUAGAUGAAGGAUUUAAUAUACUUUAAGGUUUAUGACGCUAAUUACCUUUAUAAAGAGUUUAAGGAAAUUGAAAACAUAAAAAAUGAAUAAGAAAAAUAAAUUAUAGUAUUUUAGGAUAAAAAUACAAAACUUGAAUUAGAAUUAAAUUAGAUAAUUAAUAAAAGCAAUAGUCAAAAAUAAAAGAUUAAAAAAUUAAAAGAAGAAAAUUAAAAGUAAUAAAAUAACAAUCAUGAAUUACACAUAUAAGUAGUUUCAAUAACUUCUGAAAAAAAUGCAAUAAAUUAAGUUUGGCAAACUUGUUUGAAUUAAAUGUCUUAAUUAAUGUAACAAAAUUAUAUUAAUGCUGCUUAAACGAAUAAUACUUUUUAAAUUAAUAAUUUAGAAAAUCUAUAAAUUUAGAUUAAAGAUUUAUAAGCUUAAUUAUAAAAUUCAAAAUAAGAAACAGAAAAAUAUCAAUCAUUGUUAAAAGGAGAAAAAGAAAAAUUAGAAAAAAUUAACAAUAAUUUGUUUAAAUCUGAAAAUACUAUCAAAUAGUAAAUUGAUAAAAUUAAAAAAUAUGAAAAAGAAUUAAAAUAACUAAAAGAUAGAAUUAGUCCAUAGGAAUUGAGCGUUUCGACUGCUAUUAUACAUAAUGCUAAAAAUGAUGAUAAUACUACUCUUUCAAGUAAAGAAUAAGAAAUUAUAAAAUUAAAUAAUAUAAAUAAGAAAUUAACUUAAGACAUUCAAUAUUUAGUGGAAGAGAACUAGUAAUUAAUAGAUUCAAAAUUAAAUUUAGAGGCUGAAAACUAAAAUAACAGCUUAACAAUUAUGAACUUAACCUAAAAUAUAGAUCAAUUAAAUAAAGAGACUGAAGAAAUAAAAAAAAAAAUAUUAAAAAAAGUAACAAAUACCAAUAAUUUUCAAGGAAAAUUGAAUAAUAAUCAAGAAAAUUAUGAAGGAUUAUUAGAGACUUAAUAGAGACUAUAUAGAUUAGUGGAAGAAAUGAAAGAAAAAGAAAUGUCGCUUAAAAUAGAAAUAUAAUAAUUAACAAAACAAGCAGAAAUUGAAAAGAUGAAAGCUGAAAAAGAAAAAGAAAUAUAAGAAAUUUAAGAAAAAUAUAAUAAGCUUGAAUUGUAAUUAAAUCAGAUGACUAAUAAAUGUAAUGCUCAAGAUGAGAAUAUUAGAUAAUUAUAGGAUGAUAUUUAAACAUAAAUAACAAACAAUGAUAAAUUAUAAAAAAAGAAUGAAGAUUUAAAUAAUGAAAUAACUAAAAUAAAUUAAGACUAAAAUAAUUAUUAGUGUAAAUAGUAACAUAUAUAUAGUGAGUUAAAGACUUUAAUGGAAUAAUAGAUAUAGCAGUAGUAAAUAACCAUUUACUAAGCAAAUAAUGAUUAUGCUAUAUAUAUAGGAAAUUUAUAACAGUAGAUAUAAGAUUUAUAAGAUUAAUUAUAAAUUUAAAAAUAAGAUACAGAUAAAUAAAAAAAAUUGUUAAAAUAAGAAAAAGAUAAAGCUAAUGAGAGUUAAACUUAAUCUGAAAAUACUAUUACAUAAUUAAAUGAGAAAAUUAGAAAAUAUGAAAGAGAUAUAAAACAACUAAAAGAUAAAAAUAAUGAAUUGGAAAUGAAUUAUAGGAAUACACAUAUGGAAGUUUAAGGUGCAACUUCUACUCUUUCAAAUAAAGAAAUAGAAAAUAAAAAAUUAUAAAGUUAAAAUAAAUAAUUAACAUUAACCAUUUAAUAAUUGGAGUAUGAUAACUAGUAGUUACAAAAUCAUAUAUAAAAUUUUGAGGCUAAAAUUGUUGAUUAUGCUUAACAAAUAUUCAAUUUAAAUUAAAAUAUAGAAUAAUUGAAUGAUUAAAUUGAAUAAUGGAAAGAAGAUAUUAGGAAAAAAGGAUUAGAAUCUGAUAAAUAUAAAAAUGAAUCCAAAAACUUAUAAUUAUAAAAAGAAUCAAUUGAUAGAGAAUGUUAAGAGUUAAAAAAUUAAUUAUAAAGAUUAAAAGAAGAAAUAGAAAUAAAAGAAAAUGGAGGAUAAGUUAAUUAAAAUGAAAUAUCAAGACUUAAAAAUUAAAUCAUUAAAUUGGAAAAAGAUAUUAAUGAUCAAAAUAAAUUAAAUUAAGAAAAUUAAGAAAAAAUUAGAUACUUUAAAACAUAGAUAACAACAAAAGAUGGAGAGAUAAGUUAUUUAGACAUUAAAUUAAAUAAACUUUAAAAUUAAUUAAAAUAAAAAGAUGAAUAAAUUAGUAAUGAUUAAGAUGCAAAUGAAGUAUUUAAAUAAUAAAUGAAUGUAAUAAUUUAAGGAAUGAAGUCUGAGAUAGAAUAAAGUAAUUAAAAAUUAGAGAUCAAAGAUCAUAUUUUAAAGAAAUUAUCAAAGCAAAUGCAAGAUGAUAAAUAUUAUGAUAAAGUUAUUGGUUUAAUGGAUAAAUUAAUGUAAUCCCCUAAUAAAAUUUACUAAAUUGAAAAAGAUUAGACUGCUUAGUUUGAUUUGAAAGAUUAUGAAAUUUUUGAGAUUAAUUUUGAAUUUAAUAAAGCAAAAGAACUUUUGAAAAAAAAUUAAUAUUUUUUAUUUGAACAAUGUUUAAAUAAGAAUCCAAAGGGUAAUGUCAAAUUAAAUAGAAGUAUUUUACCAAAUGCUAAAUCUACAUUUUUUAAGGGUUAUUUAAGUAUUGUAAAAGAGGCAGAUUAAAAUGAAUUUAAAGGAAAAUACUUUUUAAGAAAAGAUUUAAUUUCUUAAAAUGAUCCAUUUACUAAUAUAGAUGAAGCAAUUGAAAUGUCUAAAAAUAAUUUCUUAUGUUAAUUAUUAAUGGAAUAAUUUAAUAAAAUAUUAAAAUCAUAAAAAUUAAAAGAAGGAGAUUAUCAAAUUGCUAGAUAGUUUAUUUUAAAGUCUAAAGGUAAAUAUUAAAUUUAUAAUUAUUAUAGAUAAAGAAGAAUAUUAUUAUUGUGAAAUGGUUGAAGAAGGAGAAUUUAAAAAGAUAAAUGGUGGAGCAUUUAAUCCUAAACUUAGUGAAACAGAUUCAUAUUUCAAUGCAUUUUCUAAAUUCGUCUAUGCAUUUUCAAAGGAAAAUUAUAUUAUCACUCAUCUUUAAAUUUGUGGAAAAAAAGUUCAUGAUAUGAUAGUAAGUACUACUUAUAAAGGAUUAUUCUCAACUCUAGACUAAGGAUCAACUGAAAUUGGAUAAUUCAUAGAAACCAUAAAUAGUGAACCUGCAAAUAUGAUAAACUAACAUUGGAGAUAAAUUGUAGAAGAUAUUGCUAAGGAAGGAUUUAAAUGA